AGGACCCAUCUCGCACGUCCCGCUCGGCAGCAGCGGCCGCAACUCGGCCGGCAACAGCAGGACUCACGCGUAGUCACGCGUAGGCCGGCGGGCACGCAGGCGGGCGGCGGCAGCGGCCCGGACACGGAGCGGUAGUGAAUAAAAGCUCUUCAAGUCUGCAAUAAAAAAUGGCCUCCAAUAAAACUACAUUGCAAAAGAUGGGAAAGAAGCAGAAUGGCAAGAGCAAGAAGGUGGAGGAAGCGGAGCCCGAGGAGUUCGUGGUGGAGAAGGUGCUGGACCGGCGUGUGGUCAAUGGCAAAGUGGAGUAUUUCUUAAAGUGGAAAGGCUUUACCGACGCCGACAACACGUGGGAGCCUGAGGAGAACCUGGACUGUCCGGAGCUGAUCGAGGCCUUCCUGAACUCCCAGAAGGCCGGCAAAGAGAAGGACGGCACCAAGAGGAAGUCUCUGUCCGACAGCGAGUCCGACGACAGCAAGUCCAAGAAGAAGCGCGAGUCGGCCGACAAGCCCAGGGGCUUCGCCAGGGGCCUGGACCCGGAGCGCAUCAUCGGGGCGACGGACAGCAGCGGAGAACUGAUGUUCCUCAUGAAGUGGAAGGACUCGGACGAGGCCGACCUGGUGCUGGCCAAAGAGGCCAACAUGAAGUGCCCCCAGAUCGUGAUCGCCUUCUACGAGGAGCGGCUCACCUGGCACUCGUGUCCCGAGGACGAGGCCCAGUAGUGGCGCCUCCGCCCGCCUCCCCCGGCCUCUGGCUCUGGGCCUCCCCAGCUCUGCCCGCCCGCCACGUCCGCCCGAGCCCUGGGCCAGGUUCUAAGUAGGUUUGUUUUGUUUGGUUUGUUUUGUUUGGGCUGGUUCUUGUUCUGCACCCCCGCUGGGGAGCGGGCGGGCGGGCGGGACGCCGCGUUCGGCCUCCUCCACACGCAUCCCCGAAGGCUUGGCACGAUGGACUCGAACCUUUCUGACCCCCCAUUCUGCAGUCGCUCUCGAGCCCCCUCCCCCUCCCCAAGCUCCCGGGAGCCGCUUGCCAUCACCCCGGCCGGGGCUCCUCCGUCCUGACCCGCAGCCCGGCGGCUGCCCUCCCUGGUUCUGACCGGACAGGACGGCGGGCGGGGGAGGAGCUGCCCGAGGCCUGAGGACCAGCCUCUCCCUGCUGGGGGAGAGCCGGCCGGAGCCGCCACCGCCUUUUCCCUCCAUUUUCGGCCUUGAUUUUCAAAGAGAAGAACUUGGACUUGCUGGUCCCGCGCAGGGUCCCCGCAAUCAUGUAGUGCGCCCCGAGCCUGGCCCGGCCCGGCGCCCCGUGUGCCCCCGCCGUGCAUGCUGUCCUCCUCCCGCCCGCCGUCCCCCACCCAGGACCAGCCUUUUAAGUAUUGGGCCGCUCGGCUCCCGGGGCGGCCGCAGAGAAUAACUUUGUAGUCCUUGGAAUGUUAUCCGACUGUAUAUUGUUUACUUUCUGUAAAUACUGGUGAGCAGUGGUCAAUAAAUAGUUUUAUAUUCUUCCUUUCA